AUGUCCCAAUCAGCAAUGUGGACCGACGAUGUCGAUGCAGACCCGGACUCGGACCUCUCGUCGAGCGAGUGUAACGUCGACUACAGAAACGACAGGGAACAGGUCCACGUCUACCACGCCUACGCCCCUCAGAUCCAAAUCCAGCAGGACCAUCACUACCCACAGACGCAGUCACGGACGUUUCUUGCCGCACCCCGCUCCGCGAAUCCCAUACUAUCGAGAUCGGCCUCCAUAGGCCAUGCCCAUACAACUGGCGGCCAUGCCACCCACCAGCCGAUUCCCAACUUCUCCCACCGACUCUCCCGGAUUCCAUACCAACACCACGAUGUUCCUGAGCUGUUGACCAGUCGAGACGACCUGAGCGUCACCGUCAGCCCUUCAACACCUACACCCAUAACGCCUACCUGUAAUGGGUUUCAGUUCGACGACAUUUUCCACCCCUUGUCGACCCCUUACCGUUCUCGCCUCGGCUCAACCACACCCAGCUUUGGACAGAGGACACCCAGUUUGCGCCCUGUAUCGAACAUGUCAAAUCGCUUUCCAGACCCGGAUGCGGUAUCAAUCACAGAUAGUCCUAAUCUAGCAACAACCACUACAGUGUCCACUUUAUCAAGUUUCGAGACCCCGAAAGUCCAACCCGGUUGCGCCCAUAUGAGGUCAAUAUCCAUUGGCGGGCCAAUGUUGAGGAUGGAUGGGUCACCUGGGAAGCAGUCGUUGUCGUCAACCACGAGUGGGUCAUCGGAGGAGAGGAAUCGAAAUGCAAAGAAUGCAUCGCGCCGCAUGGGCGGGUUACUGGCACGGAUAUGGCCCGGGUCAUCGUCGAGCGAGAGGAGGAACUCGCCAGCGGACCACAAGAGGUCCCUAACACCACACAAGCUAGAACGACCAAAGCUCGAGAAAGUCCAAUUACCAGGCGUCGAACCAUUCGGACCAUCAUCAUUAUCCUCCUAUACUAGCCGAUCGGAAUACGGCCCGCCAUCAACGUCGCACUCGCUUGAUGUCCAGAGGCGGGGAAGCUCAGCUGGAAAGGACGCUGGUGCCGCGUUUGGGGUGGACUUGAAAGAGAGUAUCAAAAUCGCGCCAUCAAAGAUUCGAAUAUCCCACCGAGGGAAGAGCACGUCCUACCGAUUAUUUCCUUUGUCAGUGUACAAAUGCUGCGAGUUUAUUCGAAACUCGGGGUGCACCGACCCAUCGCUCUUUGCAUCAACAGGCAACUCGCACAACAUUUCCCACCUCACAAAUGUGUUCAACACCGGCCCGUCCUACGGUGACGACUUCGAUUUCAACUCCAUAGGUCCCGAAGGCGACCCCUACACGCCCUACGACGCAGCCCGUUUGAUCCUCAUCUACCUCCGAGAGCUACCCAAACCCCUCGUUUCGCAAUCCGUGCUGAGAAGCUGGAUCAUGCUCGCGAGACAAGAAGGGGCAAUAGAACCAGCAGCUCCAAAGCUAGAAGACAUGGGCUUCGAUUUCUGGACAGAAGCACUAAACCGACUCUCGUUACAUAACCGAAACCUCGUCAAACAUCUACUCGAUCUGUUCGCCGAAAUGUUACUACGAAGUCGAGCAACAACGAAUAUGCUCGCCGAAGCCCAAGGGAAGGGGAAAGGAAUAAUGAGACAGCAAGGACAGGGGGUGGUGCACGAGGUAGAUGCCCGCCGGCUGGCUUCCGCGCUGUCACGAUGGAUGUUCCACACGGAUAAUAUGAACCUGGGGAAGAAGACGGCGGCUCACCCGACGCUUGCACUGGCGUUUUUGAUCAAAAAGAGGGGGGAUUAUGCUGCGAGUAUUGGGAAGGUGGCGACGGCGCCGGGAAGGGCGAGGAGGGAGUCGGAGUUGUUUCUGCCGAGCACGAGGGAGAUUAUGGAGUGGAAGGGGGGGCAAAGUUAUUCUUGA